UAGGUGGCAGGAUGAGAAAUUAAGCAGGUAGGAGCAUGGGUGCCACUAUCGUUCACCUCUCUGCUUAUGUUAUUGUUGUUGUAUGGCUUAUCUGCUGUUUGAAGGAGGGCUAUGCCUUGGGACGAAAAGCAACGGUAGAGAGCCAUACCAUCCAACUGAGCUCUCUUCUACCUUCCUCUAUUUGCAGCUCUGCAACCAAAGCAUUAGACAACAAGUCAUCUUUACAAGUCGUUCACAAGCACGGUCCAUGCUCUCAACUCUAUCAAGAUAAAUCAAAUAUUCCCACUCACGCCCAGAUCCUCCUCCAAGAUGAAGACCGGGUCAAGUCCAUUCGCUCCAAACUCGCCAAGAACCGAGGCCACUCCACCGACCUCGACCUCGACCAGACAGAUGCAGCCAGCCUCCCAGCAAAGGAUGGAAGUUCGGUCGGAGUUGGCAAUUAUGUCGUUACCAUCGGUCUAGGCAACCCGAAGAAGGAUUUAACUCUAAUAUUUGAUACCGGAAGUGACAUUACAUGGACACAAUGUCAGCCUUGCGCUGGAAGUUGCUAUAAACAGCAGGACGAAAUUUUUGCCCCAUCACAAUCCUCAACGUAUUCCAACAUUUCGUGUACUUCACCGACCUGCAGUUCACUCGUUUCUGCGACGGGAAAUAGGCCUGGAUGUUCAUCAGCAGCUUGUGUCUAUGGCAUCCAAUACGGAGAUUCGUCUUUCUCGGUCGGAAUCUUCGCUAAAGAAAAGCUCACCUUGACACCAACCGAUGUGUUCGAUGACUUUUUAUUCGGUUGUGGCCAAAACAAUCAAGGUCUUUUUGGAAGAGCAGCCGGUUUGCUUGGACUUGGCCGAGAUAAAUUGUCUUUACCUUCGCAGACCGACAUGAAAUACAAGAAAUUAUUCUCCUACUGUUUGCCGUCAUCCUCAAGCUCAACCGGUUUCCUCAAUUUUGGAGACGGCGGCGUAUCGAAAUCGGUAAAAUUCACAGCAUUGUCCACGAUCUCCCAAAGCUCAUCCUUUUACGGAAUCGACAUUGUCGGAAUAAGCGUUGGUGGCAAAAAACUACCGAUUUCCGCCUCUGUUUUCACUGCCAGUGGCGCUAUAAUCGACUCCGGAACCGUCAUCACUCGGCUACCACCGAUGGCCUACUCAGCACUGAGCUCUGAAUUCAAAAAACUGAUGAGCCAAUAUCCAAUGGCACAACCACUUUCAAUCCUGGACACAUGCUACGACUUCACCAACUUCACUUCUGUUAACGUGCCUGAGAUAAGCAUCUUCUUCAGCGGCGACGUCGAGGUUCCGAUCGACGAAAACGGAAUUUUGUACGCCAAUGGUAUCUCACAAGUGUGCCUGGCGUUUGCAGGCAACAGUGAUGACACGGACGUAGGAAUCUUUGGGAAUACACAGCAAAGGACACUGCAAGUGGUAUACGAUGGUGCUGGAGGGAAGCUUGGGUUUACUACAGGCGGAUGCACAUAAGUUUUACAAAGCUGAAUGAGAAGAAAAUUCUUCAAGUUAGCAGUCAAAUCGAAUCAAAAUUCAUAUGAUAGAAAUGUUGGCUUAAGAUUGAAACAAUCUAUAUACACUAGUAAAAGUUAUCUUUACUAUUUAACUGGACACUUCUCUGCUCUUUUCUACCCAUUAACCUUCGAAAAUAAAAUGCAUGCUGCAAUUUGUGAACAAUUAUAAAAAGAUAUGGCUUUG